AUAGUCUUGUAAACGUAAAAUCCUCGCGCUUGUGCCACGGACGACACAACGCGGCUCGGCACGUGGGCACUGCUCGGCUACCAAAUACAAUAUGGCGGAAAGCGAAGGGGCAGCUGCCAGCGAAGACAGUGAACAAACAAUGAAUUUAAAAGCUCUUGUUAUCGGAGGCACUGGUGCAGUUGGAAAAUGUUUAGUUGGCGAACUUCUCAGCUCAAAGGUAAAAAUUAAAUUAGCAAUAUUCGCUUGUAUAUCGUUUUUAAGAUGCCGUGAUAAUUUAAUCGCGUGAUCGAUUUUGUAACAAUUAUACUAUGACAUUCCUGAAAUUCCUAAUUGUGAUUGCAGCUGAUUGCAACUCUUCACGAGCGCAAGUGGCAAUAAAAUUGUACAAUGUUGUAUGUGGGGGGCUAGUUUCAAUAAAUGGAUAUGCAUUUUUUGCCUGUGUCAAAUUUUGGCCACUGCAAAAAUUCGAAUUAAUUUUACAAAGAGUCGAACGCCAAAGUAUUUAAGUAAAUACAAAAGGUUGAUACUUGAUAGUAAUUUUGAGCUUGAUUUUGUACAAUAUUGUACUGUCUGCAAUAUUGAGAAAUGGGAAAGGCUGAUUUCUGCUAUGAUGAUUUCCACCCAGAUGCAUAAUGUGUCAGAUGAAUGAAAAGACAAGCUUGAUCACAAAUUAUGCAAUCAAGUGUAUUAAAGUCUGUUUGUUUGCGAUGUCCGUAAUGGAUUUUAGCGACAUUAACAUAUGUAGAAUGCAAACUGUCUGUUUUGCUGCAUUUAUAGCCAGUAUCUUGCUGAAUCUUAUUCAAUACCCUUAACCCUUUAAGUGGCAAUGCACCCUACAGUACAUUAUUAUUUAAUAUUUUACCCUGUCUAUUUUUGCUUGUCAAGGGGAGAGUACUGGCACUUAAUGGAUUACUCAGACUAUCUGCCAAUGCAUCCUGUUUACCCUGAUGCACCCUACUUUAGUGUGUUACUCUGUCUAAUGCCAGACAAUUUUACUUAUUAAGGGGAGAGUGCUGCCACUCAAUGGGUCUAAUAUUUUUAGAAUUUUUCCAAAGUGGUUGUCCUUGGCAGAAGAAAUGCCGCAGUACCAGAGGAAUACAAUGUGAACCAAAGUGAAGCUGAAAGCGAGGGUCGACUUGUGCAAGUCACUGUUGGUAAGUUUUUCUUACUGGGCUUUUAGCCAGGAUCCUGACACAUGUGGCUUUGUGAGUUUUGUACUGCUAUGCUUCUUUACUUAACUGACCCUCCCCCCCCCCUUGGAAAGUUUUCCCACCCCACCUAGAGACACUUACCCCACAUACCCAGAAAUCCAAAUAUUGUUGGAUAAAAUAACAGUAAUAUUAUUGAAAUAUGGAUUUUGAACUGAAAAUAUUCUCAAAAUUCCCUGGGGUCUUCACCCCCUUUACCCCCUCCCCCCAAGCCUGUCCCCACUAGCAACUGUGUCCCCAAACCCCUGCUGCAGCUUUCUCAGUGGUGCUACAGGACCCUUGUUCAUACCCCCUACCCUGAAUUUUUUACACGCCCCCCUAAAAAAAAGAAGAAUCCGUCUAUGGGGGGAGAUGUAGCUUGGUUUCCUUGCUUUUGACCUGGAUUUGUGAAUGUUUCUGAAGUUGACCAAAAUCAGCUUCUCUCUAUAAACUCUUAUGAAAACAUGCCAAUGUGGACAACAAAAUGAGAACAUAUGUAUUUAAAUUUUAGAUUUUGAGACGCUAACAAAAGAUAGUGUUGGUGAACAUUUUCAAGAUGGAGAUGUAUUUUUCAACACGAUGGGGACAACAAGAAAGGUUGCUGGAUCAGCUGUAUGUAAACGUUUUGCAUUGUAUUUUGUGCUCAAGUUGUGUUUCGAAAUUUGUCUACAGUAUUAUAGUGUCAUGAAAG